CUGCUACUGUUGGUUUUUAUUCAAAUGUGCUUAAUUGCGUUGGUAUUUGCCGAUGCUAAACGACCCAUAUUGCCCAUACCAUGUGGUAAAGGCUAUGAUAAAUGUCCAGAUGGAUAUAUAUGCGAUUAUGAUAAAUGUGUCGAAGUCCCACCACCGACUACAACAAAGAAGCCAACCCCGCCUAAACCAAGCAAAUCCGAUAUUUGAAUAUUUAAAUAACAGUCAUUUUCAGCACAAUGUUGUUGGUUUGGUAAUCGCUUUGCACACUGUUACGGGUGUAUUUAUCCGUCAGUAUGUUACUCGGGUAAAUAUUGCCGUAUCCCUCCAACACCACCGUCAACAACAACACCCAAACCACCACCUUGUAAGAAAGAUUAUGAUUGUCCAGCUGGUUAUAAGUGCCAAAAUGAUGUUUGUGUUCCUGUUCCUACUAGUACUAAUACGCCAACUCCUCCCCCACCAAUACAAUGUUGUUUUUCUGGAAAUCGCUAUAAGAACUGUUACUGGUGUCGACCAAUAUUUACGUGUGUCGAUGGUGCAUAUUGUGAAUAUGUGCCUUCAACAAAUACCCCACAAACACCCAAACCACCUUCCUGUGUUUUGCAUAACCACUGUCAAGCUGGAUAUGAGUGCAAACAUGAUGUUUGUGUUCCUGUUCCUACUACUACAACAAUAACGCCAACCCCAUCCAAACCAACUUAUUGUUGUUUUAUUGGAAAUCGCUUUAUGAAUUGUUACCGAUGUCAACCAUCAUUUACGUGUGUCGAUGGUGUAUAUUGUGAAUAUGUGCCUUCAACAACUACACCAACAACACCCAAACCACCAACUUCCUGUGUUUUGUACAACAACUGUCCGGCAGGAUAUGAGUGCAAAAAUGAUGUUUGUGUUCCUGUUCCUACUACUACAACAAUAACGC